AUGUUUGAAAUGAGACAAGCCAUCUACCUGGUGCUAUCGGCUCUAUUUAUUAAUCAAUAUUCAAGUCAAACCGGUUUUCCGAAACAAUUUCAAGCAACAUUGAAUAUAACUGGAUUACAGUCGUGGCCAUUACCAUCUUUUGGUUUUCAAUACUUAUUGUAUGAUUACACAAAUUCAAGAGCUCGUUUUGAUAUCAAAGGUUGGCGAUUGAAACAAAAUGAAACUUAUAUGAUUCAAUAUAAACCCAAAGGUGCUGAAGCAGAUACACCGGCCUCACAUGGUUAUACAAUGUUCAACUACAAUCCUGAUUAUCCAGAACGGACAAAGAACAAUUGUUGGUACAGGACAAAUCCAAUGAAAGAUGCAGGUCCGUUCCCGAUUACAUGGUUUGCUGAUAGCUUAAGUUUCCGUCAAGUCCAACCAUGGUUUCCACUACCAUCGAAUCUUAUCAAUAAGGGCGAAGAAUGGAUACCAGAAAUUCAGGGCUAUGCAGUGAGAUACGAUUCGCCAGAAAUAUGUAAUUUAAGAAAAUCUGGAAUUGGUCAAGUUCCUUGUUUACGUUAUUUUGAAGCACCAGAUAGACCAGUAAAAACUAUUGAAGCUCAUGAUAGUCAAGGCGCUUACGAUCCAGAUGAAUAUUUAACUACAGUAUAUCUAUCAUUUACAAAUGAUAUUCCAUCAGAGGCUGAACAUUUGUUCGAUUUACCUGAUCAAUGGCCUGCCUAUUGUGGCAAUGAAAAUACGGGAUUUAAUGUAGAACCCUCUCGCUCAUUUGUGGUUACUUCUGAUGGUCAAGAUAAUUUAAAAUUAACUUUUCAAACACUACCAGUUCAUGCACCUAGUGACCAAGUUAAAGUUGAAUUUAAAGUACAACCAAAUUAUUUCUACAAUGGCACGCAAUAUGCCGAGUUUAUUACAGUUGUUUUUGAUCGAGCAAAUUGGCAAAUACCACAACAAAUUAAUAUGUCAUUUGUUGAUUAUGGCUGUUGCUCAUAUGCCAUUACUGCAACCGGUGGUUGA